UAAAUGUCAAAUAAGGAAUUGUCACAAACUGCACAGUAUGCCGCGUUUGUAAAAUAUCAUUAUUGUAUUUGUUUUCAUAAUAAGCUAUUAAAAUAACAUAAUAGUGUUACAUUUUUGUCAAUGUUAAUAUACAAUCAUAUGAUUUAAAGAAUGGAGGUGACCCGAAAGAAUUUUAGGGAAUGUCUCCCUUUAAUUAACGAGUCAAUAAAGAAAGCUGAUUUUUUAGUAAUCGAUGCAGAGUUUACGGGUAUUAUUAAUGGCCGGGACGUUACUAUGUUCGAUUCCCCUCAAGAGUACUACAUUACUUUGUUAAAAGGGAGUACAGAUUUCUUACUCAUUCAGUAUGGAUUGUGUGCUUUCUAUUGGAAUGAAACUGAGAAGCAUUAUAUGAACGAUGCAUAUAAUUUCUAUUUAUUUCCACGAGGACGCCCAGGACCUGAGAAAAUAUUCCUUUGUCAGAGUUCCAGUUUAGAUUUUCUAUCAUCUCAAGGAUUUGACUUCAAUAAACUGAUAAAAGAAGGUAUUUCCUAUAUGACUGAGCCUGCAGAGACUCGCUUACGUGAAAAUCUAACGGAGCGUCAGAAAUCUUAUGUGAGCGGAAAUAAUAAUAUUCCCAUACCAGAUGAAAAUAAACAACAAAUUGAAGACAUAUGUAAAAGGGUGCGUGUGUUCAUCAAUGAAAAGAAAGCUGAUUCAAUGGAGAUAGACAGGUGCAAUGCAUUCAUCAGAAGGUUGCUCUUCCAAGAGCUUGGCAAUCGGUUCAAGAAAGAGGUCUUUGUUGAGGCAAAGAUAGCUGAAAACAAAUCUAGGGUUCUGAAGGUGUCCCGGAUAAAAUCAGAGGCUGAGGGUAGAAACAAAGAUUCAGAAAAAAAGGAGAAAGAGUGGGAAGAAGUGGAAGAGGCAGUUGGCUUUUCUAAAGUUGCUCGAAUGAUCAGCCAGUCGCAAAAGUUGGUGAUUGGUCAUAACAUGCUGUUGGAUGUCAUUCAUACCCUCAACCAUUUCUUCCAACCUUUGCCUGCCGAUUAUCCAGCAUUCAAGGAGUUUGCACAUUGUAUGUUUCCAAGGUUACUGGAUACAAAGUACAUGUCAAGUCUGCCACCAUUCAAAGACAAGGUGAACUCUAGUGUGCUGGAACAUUUGCUGGCAACAUUAUCUGAACCUCCUUUUUCGCUUCCUAAAGCUGAGUCAGUGGAAGGUCGCGGCUACCGUCGCGCUGACGACAAACUGCACGAGGCGGGUUUUGAUGCUUACGUAACUGGGCUGUGCUUCCUCGCGAUGCACCAGCACCUGGCGCGCAUGAGAGGAGACCAGCCACAGCGACUUCCAGACCCUGACUGCGCCGCGCUCAAACCAUUCCUCAAUAAGCUGUUCCUAGCCAAGACUGCGUAUCAGGACUCCCCCUAUAUGAAUCUUACUGGAGCAGAUCCGACGCCGUCAAGAGAUCACGUGUUUUAUUUAACAUUCCCCAAAGAGUGGCAGAGGAAUGAUAUCAACGACUUGUUCAGUACAUAUGGUCCUGUGACGGUGCAGUUCCUGGACGAGACCUCCGCACUGGUGGCUCUGACGCGGCGGGACCAAAUUCACUCUAUACGAGACUUCUUUGAGCACACACACAUAUCUCUCACGCCAUUCGCGCUUUACAAGGCGCAUGGACCUAGGAUGCCAGGUCAAGUGGUGGAGCGUCCCCGUCAGCCGAUGAUGACUGUGAGUUCGCCUGACCUUUCGAGAGUGCGACAAGGAUCAGGGGGUAAGCCGGCAACGGCGCGGGCGUCUCCGCAGCAGUCCCGAGCGAGAUCCAGCAGUGUAUCGUCGCCUCCGGAACCACCGCCCAGGAAACGAACCUCUUCAGGCGUCUUCCAGGUUGAUGAACUGGAACCACCGCCAAAGAAGCCGGAACUCACUCGAUCCAAGCCAGAGGAGCCCGCGCCCGAACGCCCCCUGGCAGCCAUCUCGAACGGUCGGCGGAAAGCGCACGCCGCCACCGCAGAGGACGGAGACAGAUGUCGCGACAACAGCGAAAUUAAACAUAAUGUAGAUGUAGUUAAAUUUGAUAGUAACGCCACUAGCGAUUGCGUGGCCGCUUUUAAAGAAAGCGAUAGUUGGGAUUAA